AAAUUUAAAGGUGAAUACCCUCAAAGGCCAGAAGUGUUAAUCCUGAGUGUUAAUUCUGUGACGGGGAGCCUCUUCAUCAGAUAACCUCUUAUCACUUUCCAGCAGAUGGAUUUCCUUCAUGUUGUAACGUAACAGUUUUUAUUUGCUCAGUACAAAGUGUUUCCUGUCACCGCUGAGCUCAGUUAGUAAAAACAAACUUUAAAAGCUGAAGGAUACUCAGGAGAUUUAACUCUGUGUUUAAGAAUGACUGCAAUCACAAGAAGUAACCUGGAAGUUGGUUCGAAUUUUAAAGGAUGCUGCUCCACAGUUUGACCUUAGCCGUCCUCCUCCUGAUCUCAUCAAGUGCCCAGAGAACUGUAAAGUCCUGCGUCUUCUCAAAGACCAAGCCUGCCGGGCUGCGGGUAAACUGCAGCUCCUCAGACCUCAUGCAGCUGCCUGAUCUGCCCUCAGAGACCACAGAACUCCACGUUCAGAACAACCGGCUCACCUCAGUGCCUCCGGGCCGCUUCGACAGACUGCUGAGCCUGAAAAGGGUCUCUCUGUCUCCAAACCCCUUCCACUGUGACUGUGGCAUCCAGUACCUGAGGAGCUGGGUGCUGAGGAACAGGGCUGUGCUUUCUGAGGAGCCUCUCUGUUCUGGUCCAGGGUCCCUGGCUCAGAAAGCCAUCUCAGAGCUCACAGAGGACCACUUCUCCUCCUGCACGUUCCCUCUGGUGGUCCGCCUGAUGGCCUCCAGCUGUGCUCACGUGCUUUAUAACACCAUGACCACAGGGAUGCUGCUCUGCCUCAUUCUUCUGCUCCUCUGGAGCCUAACCCUGGCCAGAAGGUCCACCAUCACCCUGUUCUUGGACCAGAGGCACUCUGGGUUGGAGGCUGACUCUCUGCGCUCCCUGAGGCCCAAACACCGGAGGAGGCUGCACACCGGCCUGUCGGGGGUCACUGAGGACUCAGAGUCUCUCACUUGGUCUGAGGACUUGGACCGGCCGCUCAUCAACACGGACUUACUGCCACAGGUGCUGGACGUGUUACACAAGAAACACAACAUCAAGAUUAAAGCUACCUGAGCAGAAAACUGGCUUUAGUUCCAACUUUUAGAUCAAAUGACAUAUUUGGUUUAUAUAAACCUGAUUUAUUUGAAAGGACUUGAAUUUCUGGGAACUUUUUUUUUAAUAAUCUUCUGGUUGCACUCUCACAUUUCACUGUAACUCUCCACCAACGCCCCAAAUUUAAAAGGAUGGAUUUUAAAUCUAGUUUUUGAAUUUUUGACAGGACCUAAAGAAAGAGUUAAAACACAUGAUUUUCUUUUAGAACUUGUAUUUUUAUUAUAAGUGUUGACAGUGUGAAGUUUUUCAUAGAUUAAACAUCUCAGCCUGAUAUUUUACAAUUUCAGCAUCACAUUUGUGGUCUCAGCAUCAUCAUACAAUCCUAAAAUAAGGAUCCACUUUGGGUGGCAGAGCUAGGCACCAUAACCCAUAAGUCUAACUUGUUGGACUUAUUUAUAUGAAUAAAGCUUCUGCUGGACCCCAGCGUAGACUAUAAGUAGCUUUUUUAAGUCCUAACAAGUCCCUUACGUUUUGAACCCAGGAGUUAAGGUGGGCUUUCUGUUUCAUGUGAAUCUUGACAAACUGACAGGCGAUUUUUUUAAGGUGUGGCUGUUUGAUCUUGUUUGACAUGUAACUCAACUAGUCAGGGCCAGACUUUCAUGAGACAGAGAUCAAGCUCCUGUAAUGGUUACAAGUCUGUCCUGUCACAGGGCCACAUGGAAACAAACGUGACAACUGACCACUCACACCUACACAUAGGGACAAGUCAGUUACCAAUCAUCCCAACAUGCAUGUUUUUGUCUGUGGGAGGAAAAUGUGUGAAUGACAACAUACAAACAUUUUCUGUGUCUAACUAGAAUGAUUACAACCGAAAUGAAUUUUUGAUGAAUUGUGGUCAAGUUCUGAAAAAAAAUCAAACACUUGGUCAAACUUGUGUAAACUCUGUAUUUUUCCAGGAGAAGGUACAGUAUAUACAGUGAAUGAAUGACUACAAAGCGCUACAAUAAGAGCGUUGGAUGUGACUCAAUAAACAUCUUGUUAGCUUUUUUUAGUUGCUAUGCUCUAAGUAUAUCUUUAUAAGCAGAUUAUGGCAGGAGAAAAAAAAA